AUGCCGACCAAGAUCCGCCUCGGCACCUGCUCCCCAGCAACUCAGGCCACCACGCCCGAGACUCUUGCUCUCAUCUCCCGCCUCGCGCAGCGUGCCGCCGCCCAGGGCGUAGACCUCCUCCUCCUCCCGGAGGCCUUCAUCGGCGGCUAUCCGCGGGGCUCCACGUUCGGCUGCGCCAUCGGCAGCCGCACCGAGGCCGGCCGCGACGAGUACCUGCGCUACUUCCAGUCCGCCGUCGACCUCGGCGACGUCGUCGGCGAGGCCGGCGCCGGCGCCGGAGACUGGUGGGUCAACCGGGAGCUCGACGCGGCCGUGGGCGCCGGCGACGGCACGCGCGAGGAGCUCGAGCGCAUCGCGCGCGAGACGGGCAUCUUCCUCGUGACGGGCCUCAUCGAGCGCGCCGGCGGCAGCCUCUACUGCGCGGCCGUGUACGUGUGCCCGCGGCAGGGGAUGGUCGGCAAGCGGCGCAAGGUGAUGCCCACGGGCACGGAGCGGCUCGUCUGGGCGCAGGGCGCGCCGUCGACGCUGCGCGCCGUGUCGACGACGAUCCGCGGCGUGCGCGUCAACCUCGCGGCCGCCAUCUGCUGGGAGAACUACAUGCCGCUCGUGCGGCAGGCCCUCUACGCGCAGAACGUCAACCUGUACCUCGCGCCGACGGCCGACGCCAGGGACGCGUGGCUGUCGCUCAUGCGCACCGUCGGCAUCGAGGGCCGGUGCUUCGUGGUCAGCGCCAACAUGUGCGUCACCAAGGAGCCGCAGCUGCCGGCCUCCGUUGCGGGAGGGGAUACGGCGGUCUCGGAGGCGCCCGAGGACGAGCAGGACAAGGCGGAACCUGCGCCGUACGACGAACCCAGGAGGAGGAGACGCUCGGUCAUCGACGAGGAUGGGAACGAGAUUGUGUUGUGCGCCGACGACCAGAAUUCCGAGCACCAGCCUACGACUCACGACGACGAGCAGACCUCGCCAAAGCAAGCCAACGGAGCUAGCCCUGUGCGAAAGCACGGCCGCCGAAAGUCUGUAUUCGACGAGGACGGAAAUGAAAUCGUGUUGUGCAGAGAGGAGCAUCUGUCGAAAGCUGGAGCACGAGCACAGGCAGGAGGACAGGGUGGAGCGACGGAGUACUGGAGCAGGGGAGGUUCAUGCAUAGUCAAUCCUUUUGGCGAUGUAUUGGCCGGCCCGCAGUGGGAAGACAGUGACGGCAUCAUCUACGCAGAUGUCGACUUCGAUGACUGCAUCAGGGGCAGGUUGGAUAUUGAUGUUGGUGGCAGCUACUCAAGAACAUUUUCAUCUCAAGUUCCUCCGUCAUCCUCGUCCUUCCUCCAGUCUCUUUCAGACCCGAACCGCCCCAUCCAGUCAUACCUCUCCCGCAGCCGGGAUCCCUACUUCAAUCUCUCCGUGGAACACUACAUGCUCCAGAACUCGCACCCCGACAGCACGGUCCUCUUCUGCUACGCCAACGACCCCUGCGUCGUCAUCGGCCGCAACCAGAACCCCUGGGUCGAGACCAAUCUCGCCCGUCUACGCCGCAACGGCGCCGGCUCCAGCACCGCUGGGAUAGGGGAACAGGAGCAGCCCAUACGGCUGGUGCGCAGGCGGUCAGGCGGCGGCGCCGUCUUCCACGACCAGGGCAACCUCAACUGGAGCGUCAUAUGCCCCCCGCCGGCCUUUGACCGGAACAAGCACGCCGAGAUGGUCGUCCGCGCCCUGCGCGGGCUGGGCGUGCCCGCCGCCCGCGUCAACUCGCGCCACGACAUUGUCGUCGACGUGGACGAUGACAACGGCGGCGGCGGCGGGGGCGGGGGGCAGCCCCAGACCUUCAAGGUCUCGGGCUCGGCCUACAAGCUGACCCGCCUGCGCUCCCUGCACCACGGCACCUGCCUGCUGCAGUCGGACAACCUGUCCAGCAUAUCGGGCCUGCUGCGGUCGCCGGCCGAGCCCUACGUCAAGGCCCGCGGCGUGGAGAGCGUCCGGUCCAAGAUCCGCAACGUCGACCUGCGGCCCAUGGAUUUCUACGCCGGCGUGCGCGAGGAGUUUGAGCGCAUGUACCGGCGCAGCGACGUACAUGAGGAGUUUGGAGAGCAGGACAUCGACUCUCCGGAUUGGAUCUUUGGUCAGACACCGCAAUUCACCUUUUCCACGCACUCUUUUGAAGGCGACGAGCGAGAGCGACCACGCUUGCCUGAUGGUAUCCCCGAGAAUUUCCGCGCCACUUUCACUGUCCGCCAUGACAAAAUACAGGAGUCAACCUUCUCCGGACUGGCCUACCGCGACAGCAUUGAUGGCGUAAGCCAGGACCAGGCCUUGUCAAGCGCACUGCUUGAGAGGCGAUUCAGCCACAUAACCGACUGGAGGAGCUUGUUGGAUGAAGCUAGCCCAGUGCCAUUAACAGACAAGGCGAUUGGAACAUGGUUCAACAAGCUCUUCGGACUGGAACCAUGA